AUAUACUAAUUAACUCUUUACUUCUUCUUCACUUCACAAACCUCUCUCUCUUUGAAAGAUGGCUUCACGGAGAAUCGUUUCGUCUUUGAUACGUUCCUCCCUCCGUCCAUCUCUAUCCAAAUCAUCCAUCACCACCUCAACCUCGAGACUCUCUUCUUCUCAAUCACGUGCAUCUCCCUAUGCUUACCUUCUUAACCGUGUCACCGAGUAUGCCACAGCCGCCGCUGCUGCAGCUCCCGCUCCUCCUCAGACUCCUCCGGCUAAGAAAGUUCCUGAUGGUGGCGGUAAGAUUACAGAUGAAUUUACUGGUAAAGGUGCGAUUGGACAGGUUUGUCAGGUGAUUGGUGCUGUGGUGGAUGUGAGAUUCGAAGAAGGUUUGCCUCCAAUUCUUACUGCGCUUGAGGUUCUUGAUCAUUCUACACGAUUGGUGUUGGAGGUUGCACAACAUAUGGGUGAAGGUGUUGUGAGAACUAUUGCUAUGGAUGCCACUGAAGGAGUUGUUAGAGGGUGGCGUGUUCUCAACACCGGCUCCCCUAUCAGUGUUCCCGUUGGCAGGUGUACUCUUGGACGUAUCAUGAAUGUUAUUGGAGAACCUAUUGAUCAUAAAGGCGACUUUAAAACCGAGCAUUUUUUGCCUAUUCAUAGAGAAGCUCCUCUUUUUGUUGAACAAGCAACCGAACAACAAAUUCUUGUGACCGGUAUCAAGGUUGUUGAUCUCCUUGCACCAUACCAAAGAGGAGGAAAGAUUGGAUUGUUUGGUGGUGCUGGUGUAGGAAAAACUGUGCUUAUUAUGGAACUUAUCAACAAUGUCGCAAAGGCUCAUGGUGGUUUCUCUGUUUUUGCCGGUGUUGGAGAACGAACCCGAGAGGGUAACGACUUGUAUAGGGAAAUGAUUGAGAGUGGUGUCAUUAAGCUUGGCGAUCAGCAGAGUGAAAGCAAAUGUGCUCUUGUUUAUGGUCAAAUGAACGAGCCCCCUGGUGCUCGUGCCCGCGUUGGUCUUACAGGAUUGACUGUUGCUGAACAUUUCCGUGAUGCUGAAGGACAAGAUGUGCUUCUUUUCGUCGAUAACAUUUUCCGCUUUACUCAAGCAAACUCAGAGGUGUCUGCAUUGCUUGGUCGCAUCCCAUCUGCCGUUGGUUAUCAACCAACGUUGUCUACUGAUCUUGGAGGUCUUCAAGAGCGUAUUACAACCACCAAGAAGGGUUCAAUUACCUCUGUCCAAGCCAUCUAUGUGCCUGCUGAUGACUUGACAGAUCCUGCUCCUGCUACCACCUUUGCUCACUUGGAUGCUACGACGGUGUUGUCAAGACAGAUCUCUGAGCUUGGUAUCUAUCCUGCUGUUGAUCCAUUGGAUUCAACAUCUCGUAUGCUUUCACCACUUAUUUUGGGUGAUGAGCAUUACGAAACUGCUCGAGGUGUACAACAAGUACUUCAAAAUUACAAGAAUCUUCAAGAUAUCAUUGCUAUUUUGGGAAUGGAUGAACUAAGUGAAGAUGAUAAAUUGACCGUUGCACGUGCUCGUAAAAUUCAACGAUUCUUAAGUCAGCCCUUCCAUGUGGCAGAAGUCUUCACUGGUGCCCCUGGCAAAUAUGUUGACUUGAAAGAGAACUGUACUAGUUUCAAGGGUGUGUUGGAUGGCAAAUACGAUGACCUUUCAGAACAAGCAUUUUACAUGGUUGGUGGUAUUGAUGAAGUCAUUGCAAAGGCAGAGAAGAUUGCUAAGGAAAAUGCGGCUUAAUUAAUCACAUUUCACACAAAUUUGAGCUUCUCUUAAUCCUUUUUUUAAUAAUUUAGGAUCUCUUUAAUUUUUAUUACAAUUUUGUCCGAUACAAUUCCUUUCAUUUUAAUUUUUUUGACCGUUGUGUUAUUUGUCACAAAACUAGCCACAACAAUUGGUUGGUGUGUGAUAUGAAUGAAGCAUAAUUUUGGAGAGUGAUCAAACA